AUGGGUCAGCUUUGCUGCUUUCCUUUCUCAAGAGAGGAGGCAAAAAUCAGUGAGUUGGAAAGCCCGUCCUCUACCGUCCUGCAGAGGUACAGAAAGGAUAUACCCAGCUGGCCAAGUGGUGAUAAGAAUGGAGGUGAGCCUGAUGAUGCUGAACUGGUAAGGCUCAGUAAGAGGCUGGUGGAGAACGCGGUGCUCAAGGCUGUCCAGCAGUAUCUGGAAGAAACACAGAACAAAAGCAAGCCAGGGGAUGGGAGCUCUGUGAAAACUCAAGAGGCUGAUAGGAAUGGCACUGACAGUGACAACAACAGGAAAUGA